UGCAUACCCCACAGUGGCGUGCGAGUGGGGAGUGGAGUGGAACGGCCGCACCGGACGGCUGUGGGAAAGGGGGCGACUUUGGCCUCGUCGGAAAAGGCACACUAUGUGGACGCAAACAUAACCCGUGGGAAAUCCAGCGGCAACGCACACGCUCGUCAACGAUUGCCCUCUAAACCCUCCCUCUCACAUCCCACCUCCCAUCCACAGGUCUUCCUCACCCCCACCCCAUCCAAGAAAAACAAUGUCCUCCCUAAAGUACCUGGUCCGCGCGGCCGCCUUCACCAUCACGCUCGUCGGUCUCAGCCACGCCGCGCCUGCUCCUGCCCCCGGUGGCCCUGUGACCACGGACGGGAAGUGCGGACCUGCUAACGGCGGGCUUGUGUGUUGGGCGCCGGAUUGGUGCUGCGGCCAGAACGGAUGGUGUGGCAAGACGGAUGCGCAAUGUGGAGCUGGUUGUCAGGCUGGGUUUGGAAAGUGCAAUGCCGUGACCCCCACGACCACAAAGCCUACCGUCACUCCUACCCCUACCAACACUCCGACCAAGCCUCCAGUCACUACUGAUGGACGCUGUGGAAGUGCGUUUGGAACCGCAUGCUGGUCCGGAUGGUGUUGUAGCAGUGGAGGCUGGUGUGGAAAGGAAGCCAAACACUGUGGUGCUGGAUGCCAGAUUGCUUUUGGUACCUGCGGUGCCAACCCGCCUGUGACGACCACUCCUACUACCGUUCGUCCGACAAGCACCUCUACUACUCGUCCGACCAUUCCCCCUACUACCGUCCGUCCGACAACGACAACGACCACGACCUCUGCUACCGCCCGCCCUACCUCUACCGACGGCAUUUGUGGUCCCGCUGCGGGUACUGUCUGCGACAAUGGCAACUGCUGCUCCCAAUAUGGGUUCUGUGGGUCCACUGCCGAAUAUUGCGGUGCUGGCUGUCAAGCCGGCUGGGGCGGUCUCCCUUGCCUCUCGGGAACCACAACCACCCCCACCAAGCCUACCACAACCUCCGCGACCAAGACUACCACCAAGACCACCGCAACAUCCAACCCUGCCCCUUCCCGCGUCCCCAUCCCCAACGGCAAGAUCAUCACCAAGUGCACCGUGCCGGGCAAAGCCGCCCUCACUUUCGACGACGGCCCCUACGACUACGACGCGCAGCUCCUCUCCGAGCUCGCGAACGCCGGCAUGAAAGCUACCUUCUUCGUCAACGGCAACAACUACGGCUGCCUCUUUGACUACGCCGCGGAUCUCAAGAACAUCCUCGCCGCAGGCCACCAGAUCGCAUCUCACACCUGGGCCCACCCGGACAUCGCCACCAUCUCCCACGACCAGCUCAACUACCAGAUGCGACGCAACGACGACGCGUUUAUGAAGAUCCUCGGCAUGGCGCCUACGUACAUGCGCCCGCCGUUUGGAUCGACUAACCCGGCGGCUGUGGCUCAAUUGUCGAACCUCGGCUACCACGUCAUCAACUGGGACUCAUCCUCCGAGGACGCCAACGGCGCCUCUGUCGAGCAGUCUAAGCAAUACCUCACAAACGAUAUGGCGAAGGGCGCGACCAUCGUACUUAACCACAGCGUUGUCAAGACUACCGUCACGACCCUCACGCCUUGGUUCAUCCAGAACUAUAAAAACAAGUACAAGUGGGUCACGGUUGCGGAAUGUCUCGGUAAGUUUCCCUGUUCUCAUGUUGAGCUGAGGAUGCGACUACUACCGGAUGGGAUUUCAGUACUCGAGUUUGCAUCUUAUUCGGUUUGUCGUGCGGCAUUUCUCAUUCCCCCUCUGUUCCUUUACUAAACAGGUGAUACCAAGUCACCCUACAUGAAGGUGCCGACUCUGGAUGCCAAGUUUGAGUGUGCGGCUACGGAUGGGAGCUUGAAAGAUGGACAGUAGAGGAGUGUAGAUACUUUCAUUCUAUGGAAUCUGA